GUAGUCUGUACCAAAGAAUAUAUUUUUUACUCUCACAUUCUAAAUACCACAGAGUACUUAUAGUUAACUUGAAUGGCUGUACGACGUACAAAGACAUGCUAGUUUUAUUUCUACGCUAGUUUCCCUUGUCCAUAUGUAUGUAUGAUCAGUGACGACAAAGAAGUGGAAAACUUGUGAAUGGAGCCAAUCACAAUGACAGUAUAGUGUUCUGUGAUGACAGUUGACACUUACAAUCAUUGAUAACGCGGGAAAUAUGUUAAGAAAUUCACGUCUUACAAAUUCAGUGAAAAUGUUCAAAAAUUAAAAUUUUAAAUUACUUUUUAGUUUUUUUAACAAAGCGAAUACAUGAACGUAUUGCAAUGGAUAGGAUAAAUUAAUUUUAUGCUUUAAUCAAAAAUAAAAUAGGAAUAUUUACUUAUUUUUUAAAUAAACUAUCAAUGCAUGAAUAUACUGGCACUGUUUAUUUACCAUAUUUAUUUUUUGUAAAGUGUACAUUUAAUUAUAGAGUAAUCUUUAUAGGGCUUCAACCUAAUUUAUAUGAAAUGCCGAAAGGGCUAAGCUUAAAAAAGGCUCAGCCAAAAAUUGCAAGCACGCAGAAGCCCAUAACUCAGUUUUUUAAAGCUGCAACAUGUGAAGGAUCACAUAACACAAAAAUUAAUAUUGGAAAACGUAAAGAAAUAUCUCCCGUCAAAGUAGACUCUAUUUCCAAUAUUCGAAAGGAAAAUUCAGAAGUAAGUCUUAAAAAAAUAAAGAAAAAUGAUUAUCUGUCUGCUGAAGAUAAUAAUUUUGAAGCAAAUAAACUGGAAGACAAAAAUGAGAGUGAGGCACUUGACCCAUCCAAUAUUAAAGUUAAUGGCACUCAAAGAAGAUCACCAUUAACUUCUAUAAAUCAUGAAUUAAUAAAAAACAAUGGUCCUGACUUUUCUUCGUUUAAAAUGAGUAAAUCAUGUAUUCAAGAAUCUGAAGCACAAAGAGAAAAAAUUAAGACACCUGAAAAAUGUAUAAAUUAUGGUACAGCAACUGAAUCUCCAUCUAAAAUAUUAAAUAGUUUCCAAGAUGAUGAAUUGUUUACAGAUGAAUGGGACUUUGAAGGAGUUGAAGAGGAUAUUAAGGAGGACUUGGAUCUCACCAUAAUACAGCGCUGUGAAGUAUUACAAGUGACACAUCAACCCUCAAGAAUGGAAAUUAAGUUGAAAAAUAAUAAGAAGGAGAAAGGCACUUGCUUAAUUGAAGGUGUUUGGAUGAAUACACCACUUCAGGAGGGUGAGAUUGUCAGUAUAUUGGCCAGUAGAAAUGCAUCUGGUAGUUUUGUGAUUAACAAUACAAGUGGGCUUUUAUCUCUGAGGCCUGACCAUUUGAUAUCAACAACCAGUGUAGUGGCUGGAGUAUUCUGCAAGAGAAAAGCUGUGUUACAGGAGCGAUGGCGAGGGAUAGAUUCUGCUAACACUGCAAUGACGGUUGGUAUCCUCAUACAUGAGCUAGUCCAAAAAGCUCUGACAUCAGACAUACUUGACGUAAAAGAGUUACGCACACAAUGUGAUGACAUUAUAAAAGACUCGAUACAAAUGUUGUAUGAUUGUGGCAUUACUGAAUCUGAGGCAAGAGCGAAUAUGGAUGUAUAUGUUCCACCGCUGGCAGAUUUUAUGCAGACCUAUAAAAAACCUAGUUUAAAGCCCAGUCAGAAAGCAAAGUGGAAUGGGCAUAUUGACAAAGUACUGGAUAUAGAAGAAAACAUUUGCUGUCCAAAAUUAGGUCUAAAAGGAAAAAUUGAUGCCACAUUACAAGUUACUAUACACGAGAAAGGAGGCAAAAGUAGUGAAGUAGUAGCACUUGAGUUGAAGAGUGGCAGAGCUUCAGGGUCGGCUGAGCAUCGCGGGCAGCUCAUACUGUAUGGAAUGAUGAUGAGUCUGCAGAGGAACGAGGAUCCAUCGAUGGCCUCACAAAGAGGAUUACUGCUUUAUUUGAAAGACCAAAUUGAUCUCAGAGAAGUGAAAUGCGGGUACCCUGAGCGACGGGACUUGGUAAUGCUACGCAACGAGCUGGUCCAACAUCUGGCUGCCGGGCCUCGCGAUACUAACUCAGAGGAACUAGUAGAUAUAGAGGACAGUUCGAAGCUUAUCCAACAAACGUUGCCAGAACCAGUACAUCACGAAGGUGCUUGCUCCAAAUGUCCAUAUUUGACUAUAUGCUCCAUACACUUGUGGCACACAAAUGACGUCACAGUAUCACAGUCCCACCCGCUCGCUAAACUACGCGAGUUGGCUCUUGGCCAGGUGACGUCACAACACAUUGACUACUUCCUGCACUGGACUAGUCUUAUCAAGUUAGAGGAGAGGAGGAAUAUGUCUGCGUCUCCUUUACAUGCGCUAUGGACAGACAGCGUUGAAACAAGAUCUAAACGUGGAACAUGCGCUGCAAAUUUGAAGAUAAAAUCAGUUGUACCACUGGGAGACAGAUAUUCACAUAUCUUUGAACGACCGUCCGGUGAUUUGUGCGAAUAUUCUCUUAAAAGCCCUCAAGCAGGCGAGUUCUCCAUUGUAAGUUUGGAUGAAAGACCUUGGAUAGCGGCCGGUGUAAUUACCUUAGCCGAUCAUAAGGAGAUUCAUAUUCUUCUCGAAAGGGACGUCAGCCAACGGCAUGACAAGAGCACUCGGUACCACAUCGACACGUACGAGUCGUACGCCACUAGCGUACAGAACCUGACCAACCUGGGCGUACUGAUGGAGGACAGCGACCGCGCCGCACGCUUGAGAAAAUUAAUCAUAGACAAGGAAGCGCCAUCUUUUACGGAGAAGUUGCCCCGCGAGGUUGGAAGGUUGGGUUCCAAACUGAUGAGGAGCCUGAACAUAGAGCAGCAGCGGGCCGUGUUGCGAGCCUUGGCCGCUAACGACUAUGCAUUGCUGCAGGGGCUGCCGGGAACUGGUAAAACACAAACGAUAAGCGUGCUGAUACAAAUGUUGGUCGCUCUCAAACAACGUGUUCUAGUGACCGCACACACGCACUCUGCGGUCGACAAUGUAUUGAGCAGGUUACCAGGUUCAUUGCGAGUGAUGCGGCUGGGAUCUUCUGCGCGCAUCUCAAAAGGUGUGCAAUGUCGGAGCGAGGCGACCCUCGUAGAUGGCUGCACCACCAGUGAACAGCUGGCAGCUCUCUAUGACUCCAUGGAAGUAGUGGGCGUUACCUGCCUGGGUGCCACGCACGCAAUGCUCGCACGGACCGUAUUCGAUAUGUGCAUUGUUGAUGAAGCGACCCAAGUGCUACAAUGCACCGUGCUGCGGCCGCUGUUCGCUGCUAGGCGAUUUCUGCUAGUCGGAGACCCGGACCAGUUGCCUCCUGUUGUGAGGAACAGGGAUGCGCGGCGGCUAGGAAUGGAGGAGAGCCUGUUCCACCGACUGAUGGCCGUGAGCGCCACGUGCACACUGCGGCUACAAUACAGGAUGAACCAGGCGCUCGUGGACGUCGCCAAUACGGUCGCCUACAACGACAGGCUCAAGUGCGCCAACAAGGAAGUCGCUGAUGCUAGUAUCAAAAUUGAUCAACAGAAAAUUUCGUCGUUGUACAAAGAAACGUGGAUACUUACUGCAUCAAGUUCAUCACCUGAGGACGCCGCCUUGUUCAUCGACGUACGACCCACCACUGAUGGUGACAACAAAUCACUCACAAAUGUUGAUGAAGCUUGCGUUGUUUACGCCCUGAUCUCUAUGUUCCUUGAGGGUGGUUUUCACGCAUCGGAGAUAGGUGUAAUAGCGCCGUACAGAGAGCAAGUGGCGAUGCUGAGCAGAGCUCUGGCUCCGUUCCUCGUGGAGGUCAGCACGGUGGACCAGUUUCAAGGCCGGGACAAAUCCUUGAUAGUGUACUCAUGUACCAAGCGGGACCUCAACGAGAAGCCCAAGGAAGGCGAGGUGCUCAACGACCAGCGACGAAUGGCGGUAAGCGUAACGCGAGCGAAGCACAAGUUUAUAGCGAUCGGGGACCCGCGGGCUCUCCGUAGAUACGCGCCGCUCGUGCGACUAAUCGACGCUUGUAAACACGUAGCUUUAAACCAAAAUGACCUCAAAGUUGUUGUACAGAAAUAUAAAUAUUGCGUGCACUGAUUCUUAGACUGAUGAAAUUAAGUCAUAUAGUCAUAAGUGUUGUCAUCUUAGAUAAUAAUUUUUACGUCUAGAUAGAGCCUCUUGCUGUUGGAUAACCAAUUUAAACACACAGGCCAGGUUUAUAACUUUAGUGUGCGUGUCAAGGUAUGUCUUACACUCGCGAUUUGUAUGUCAUUUUGUGUUAGUGUAAGUGCGUUGCUCAAAAUAGAGGUUAACUGUCCACCUCAAUUUUUUGCAAUGUUUUCACAGCUUCCACAGUCUAUCUAGACGUAAAAAUGACCUAAGGUAAUGUUUCUGGUACUGAAAGAGUAUUUACAUAGGCUACGGUGGUUACAUAUCAAAAAAUUAUACACAUACCCUCAUUUGUGCCCUCAGUUCAUUCAAAAAGUAUUAUCAUUUCGACCACAAUUUAUAAUUAUUCUGCAUGACCACUAAUUAUUGUGUAACGCACAAUUCUAUUUGAAGUAUAUUUUAUAGUGAUUUUAUUUGUGUGCGGAAAAUCUAAAUAAUAAAUUGUAACUGCGCAACAACUUGAUACGAAUUACGAACAGAAAAUCUAGAGGGACGUAACUAAUUAAGUGGCAGAAUUCUUAGCAUACUCACAUAUUCUAAUUAGGUAUAUCACGUUUAAACGUAUCAAAUAUGAAUUUAUUUCAGAGAGAGUACAACGCAUGCGCAAUAUCUAUCACCAAUCCUGUUGUAUUGUUAGGCAGAUAAAUAUUUGUAGUGUGAAUACCUCUUCAAUCUAUCUAUAUAUAUAUAUAAUAUAAUGAAAAUGGUCUUUGUUUGAGGCUCAAUCACGCCUAAACCACUGUUCGUAUCGACAUGAAACUACCACCAUUCGAUGCGAAAUUUAUCAUAGACGGUUUAUGGCUACUUAUUUUUUCAAUUGUAUUUGUAAUAAGACGAAUAAAAUUUAAUUUAUUUCCUUUUAUAAUUCGCCCAGCGAAGCGAGCUAGUUAAAAUAUAAGGUAAAAUGUCUACUGAAUCUUGUCUGAAUUUGUACUGUAAUAGUGACAAUAUUUAUGUAGAAAUAAUAUCAUGAUAGUUUAUAUUGAUUAGGUAAUUAUAAGCACGGUGAAAUAUCUCAAAGGCUUUAUUUUUAUUUGUAAAAUAACUGCCAUAACCAGGUGCCUUUUCUAUAAGACUCUUGGGAUGAGAUCUACAAAGCAUACUUAGACUUUGCUAACUUUGCUCACGUAAAACUUAGCCGAGUGUGAUAAAAUGCGAAUUUGACUUUUUAGGUUGGGAAGUCUUAGCUGCUCAGCAUAAUUUCAGCUUUCAAAUGACUAUAUAAAAGAAAUCAAAGAUUAUGCUUAGCUUACAUUAAGCUAAGUUGAACGUGAGUCAAGGCUGAGCAAACUCUAAGUAUGCUCUAUAGAUCUCAGCUUUAGUUGUGUUCGAUUUAUUUAUCUCGAAGUAAUAUUUGAAAAUUGUGAAUUAUUAUAUCGUUUCUAAUAA